AUCCCUGGAGUUUUCACCAAAACAGCAAAGCUCUAUCCUGAUCACAUCGCGUUGGUGUCUAAACUCGAUGUCAACGGCCAAAGAACCAUGUAUACCUUCCAAGAAUACGAGUCUACCGUAAGAGUCGUCGCAAAAGCGUUUCUGAAGCUAGGUCUGGAGCGGCAUCACAGUGUCUGCAUAAUAGGAUUCAAUAGUCCGGAAUGGUUCAUUGCCGAUCUUGCGGCUAUAUACGCCGGUGGACUCGCUACAGGAAUUUAUACUACAAAUUCUCCAGAGGCGUGCCAAUAUUGCGCUGAGCACAGUCGGGCCAAUAUAAUAGUCGUUGAAGAUAACAAACAAUUGCAGAAAAUCUUGCAAAUAAGACACAACUUGCCCCAUUUGAAAGCAAUUGUUCAAUACAACGGCGUAUCCACCGAAAAGGAUGUUUUGAGCUGGGGCGAUUUAUUGAACAUAGGUAAGAAGGAAUCAGAGGAUAAAUUAUUAUCUGUGUUAAAGACGAUUGGGGCAAACGAAUGUUGCGUUUUAGUGUACACGUCAGGAACAGUCGGAAAUCCAAAAGCUGUAAUGUUAAGCCAUGAUAAUAUAUUGUACGAUUUACGGAUAAUAAUAAUGGCAUUACAAGUGAGAGAAAAGUCAGAAAUUAUAGUUAGCUAUUUGCCAUUAUCUCACGUUGCAGCACAGCUAAUUGAUAUCAUGGCAAACAUUACGUUAGCGACCACAGUAUACUUUGCGGAUCCGGGUGCGUUAAAGGGUACAUUAAUGAAUACAUUACUUGUAGCGCAACCGACUAUUUUCUUAGGGGUGCCCAGAGUGUGGGAAAAGAUAUACGAGAAGAUGCAAGAGAAAGCGCGCAGUAACGGCGCAAUAAAAACCUGGAUUGCUAAAUGGGCAAAAGCGCAAGGUCUUCAUUAUUACACGAAUAAAAUGAAUGGCGUAGAUUAUAAACAUUGGGGCUAUGUCUUUGCGAAAUGGCUUGUUUUCGACAAAGUGAAGGCAGCAUUGGGUUUGAAUAGAUGUCGAUUAUUCGUUACCGCAGCAGCUCCCAUAAAUGUUGACAUUAAACGAUAUUUCCUGAGCUUAGACAUCCCUCUAUUAGAGGCGUAUGGAAUGUCUGAGUGUGGCGGGGCUCAUACAAUAAUCAGUCCUAAAGAAUAUAGCAUGGAAGGUGUAGGAAGGCCUUUAACUGGAGUGUAUACAAAAUUAGACAAUAUAGAUGAACAUGGUGAGGGAGAAGUUUGUAUGGGUGGACGACAUGUAUUCAUGGGUUACUUAAAUGAGCCGGAGAAAACCGUAGAAGCUAAAGAUAAAAACGGCUGGUUACAUAGCGGUGAUCUCGGCAAAUUCAAUUCGAACGGGAUUUUGUCUAUAACUGGUAGAAUAAAAGAACUUAUAAUCACAAGUGGAGGGGAAAAUGUAGCACCAUACAAUAUAGAGCAGACGAUAUUAAUGGAAUUACCGUAUUUAAGUAACGUCAUGGUGAUCGGAGAUAAAAGGAAAUAUUUAACGGUCCUUGUCACGCUUAAGAGUAAUAUGAAUGAAGAGACUGGUGAGCCGUUAGAUACGCUGAAUUCCGAAGUGUUAAAAUGGGCGAAGUCUCUUGGUAGCAGUGCCAAAACAGUUACAGAAGUCAUAAGCUCUCGUGAUUCAGCCAUAUACGAGGAAAUCGAGGAGGCAAUCAAGAGAGCAAAUACGCAAGCUAUAAGUAAUGCUCAAAAAGUACAGAAAUUCGAAAUUCUUCCUCAUGACUUUUCGAUUCCCACCGGUGAAUUAGGACCCACGUUAAAGCUCAAAAAGAACGUAGUUGAGAAGAUGUAUGCUGAUUUGAUAGAUAAGAUGUAUGAAUGAGACUAUCGUGUAUUGCUGUCAUGCGAUAAGGGGCGCGCAUUGUUGUAGAAUUUUUAUACCAGUUUUAUAUUAAUGCCAUUGAAAAAAAAAUCUGAUUGAAUUAAUUGGACGUCUAGUGGAAAAUGAACGAACCAAAUUCUUCCAAUUAAUGCAACUAGAAUUCUAAUUAUGCAACCAGAAUUGUUAUUAAUUCAACCAGAUUCUGGUAGAUUUAACCAGUAUUUUCUGGUGGAAAAUGAACGAACAGAUUUUUUUCAGUGUGUCCGUGGACAUGCCAAACAUCUAAUAUUAUAUAAGCAAGAUGUAUUUGUAAUAUUCAGGUAUGGGUAAAGUUCAGAAAAUGAACUAUACUCCGUCUAACGAGAGAUCAUGGUUCGUUCUGCGCAUAGGCGAGCAAAGUGGGGUACCUAGAGCGUGGCGUACCGUAUACGUAAAUAGAUGUUCUGUGGGUGGAGACCUGCGCGAAACGGACGAGUUUUCGUCCGAUCCAACCAUCUCUCGUUGGACGGAGUAUACAUUGAAUCUAUAGGUCCACAGUAAGAGUUUCUUACUGUGGAUCUUGGAUAAAUCUUACUUAUAUACAAUAGAUAUAUUAUAAUAUAUAUAUAUAUAUAUAGGUAUUUUUGAAAUGUAUAUGAGGGAAUAACAUUUUGUAUCAGGGCACACAAUAAUCGCAACAUACAUAUGUACAAUAAUUAAGUUAGUAAUUCAUACAUUUUAUUGUUAUUAUCAAUAUACUUCAAAUUUGUAAUU